AUCAUGUGAAUUGUUAAUGUGUGCGUGAUGCUGAUGAAAAGGGGCGUGGCCAACCAGUCACACGGUUAUGGCCUAUAAAAGCUGAUGUGAUUGGCUUGCAGGCCGACUCCCUCUGCUAAACAGCAACACUGCAGCCUGCAAGCAACACCAGCACCACAGGCAUCAUGGACGUAAGUAGCCCCUCUCAAUAUCAGAUGGCAGCUCAGCAUGCUGAUGUUCUGUGUGGCAGCUGCCCGCCUGGUUCUGUCCCACAGACGAGCACUGUCUGGCCCAGUCAGGUGUCUGGGGCCACGUUCCCCUCCUGGCCCGGACAAGCCGUCCAACCGGCCCAGCCAACCCACCCAGCCUCGCCUCCCCAGCCGUCUCCGUGCUGGACCGGCCAGCCUAACACUCCCUGCUGGCUUGGAACGCAACCACUGCCGGUGUCCGGGGUCACCCCUGUUCCGGUUCCGCCUCAGACCAUAGCACCCGCCCCUGCCCCGACUGCAAACAUGAUCCCGGCUCCAGCUCCCACCACGGCUCCGGCUGCCAAUCCGAACUGCCAGCCUUGUUGGCCGGGAACCCAGUACCAGCCUGCUCAGCCACCGGCCCCAGUUCAACCCCAGGUACCCUACCAGGUUCCGGCCGUAUCUCCUGUCCCUGUGCCACCGGCACCCGCCCCUGCUUCUGUUCCUGCAGUUGCUCCCGCCCCCGCUCCUCUUCCUGUUCCCAAUAUCCAUCCAAACAUGGCCGGCUGGCCCGCCUACUCAGGUUGGCCGUACAACCCGGGACAGUCAGGAUGGCCGGGACAGAACCCGUCCCUGAUGCCCCAACACUGGCUUCCACCCACAUCUGGACCGCUGAGCGUACCGUACAACCUGAACCUGUCCCGAGGCGUGUACGACAAGAUGAUGAUGACCAUCCUGGGCCACGUCAAACCCAACGCUAGGAUGUUCACCGUCAACUUCCUGAGAGGAAACGACAUCGCCUUCCACAUCAACCCCCGCUUCAGCGAGGGCGGCAAACAGGUGCUGGUGCGCAACCACAAAGUGGGCGAGCGCUGGGGCGCUGAGGAGCGAGACCUGAAGGGACCCUUCCCUUUCGCCCUGGGGAGCCCCUUUGAGAUGAAGAUCCUAUGCACGCAGGAGGCAUUCCGCGUGGCGGUCAACAACAUUCCGCUGUUUGAGUUCCGACACCGCGUCAGAGAGCUCAACCAGAUCAACCGCAUCAACAUCCUGCACGACGUCGUCCUCACCUUCGUCCACGUGGAGACGCUCCCGUAGGAGAGGGUGUGACCUUCACCGUUCCACGCGUGCAGAGUGUGAUCAUCAUCAUCAUGAAACACACCUAGCACUGCAUUACAUAGAAAAGUCUAUUCUAUAUACGUACAUGCUACUGGGAUUGAAUAAUGAUAAUUAUCAUAAUAAUAAUAAUAAUAAUAAUAACAACAAAGACAAAGUGCUAAUAACCACUAAGCAUUCCUAAAUAUAAACGCUGCUUUUUCUUCACUGUGUGCUUUCUACCACAAAUGACUCCAUUGUCUAGCAUAUUUUCUACUUCUACUAUUAAA